UAGUUAACGGAUAUUAAACAGUAUGUGUUAUUCUUUUUUGAACAUUCUCUAUUUGAAAAACGAUCGUUUAUGUAAAAAAGAAAGUGAAGCUAGGUUAAUAUAAUUUUCAAAUAUCCUUUUUAUUGCUUAUUAAAAAAAGCUUCGUAACCAAAUAAAUUUAACUCAGUUUCGUUUUUUUAAAGAAGAAAAAAUGAAUGACACAUCAACAGAUUGGCAAUCUGGCAAAAGUUUGUCAGCCACGAAUGCUUAUAUGUUUGAUAACGAACUAGGCAGUGAUAUCACUUUUCGCAUGGGUGCCACAGGGGAGCGAGUUUUAGCACAUAAAUAUAUGUUGUGCAGCAGAAGCCAGGUCUUCUUUGCUAUGUUUUAUGGUCAAAUGGCGGAGAUGGGUCGAGAAGUUAUCAUUCCUGAUAUAGAAGCAGACGUUAUGAAAAUCUUUCUAAGGUUCUUAUAUACAGAUAGAAUUGACAUAGCUCCGGACACGGUGAUGGCACUCAUGUACACAGCCAAGAAAUAUGCUGUAGAAGGACUGGUGACUAGAUGUAGAGAAUACUUGGAAACGAAGAUUACAUGUGACAAUGUAUGUACAAUAUUAGAACAGGCCCAUAUGUUUGAUGAGAAUGAGCUACGAAAUCAUUGCUUCAUUACAAUUUUCUCCAACAGCAUGGACGUUCUGAAGAGUCCACUAAAGGAUUAUCAAAACCUAUGCUUUGAUUGCCUAAGGAAAUUACUGCAUUCUGAUAAAUUGAUGGCAAAUGAGGAAACCAUCUUCAUUGCUUGUUUGAAUUGGGCAGAAGAACAAUGCCGUUUAAAGAGUAUAGAAAUAAGUGAUGUAAACAUGCGUGGAGUGUUGGGAGAAAUUCUGUAUCUCAUAAGAUUUCCAAAUAUGGACCAAAGAACGUUUACUGAUCUUGUUUCUGGCACAGGAUUGCUAACUUCGGAUGAAAAAUUAGCGGUUUAUCGGCAGUUUUGUAGAUUGCCACGUGAUGGCGACACAUCGACAAUUGGACUAAGAUUUCCUUCAAAACCCCGCAAUGCUACCGAGAUAUUCAGAGCAAGUCGUUUCAAAGAAGUUCUUGGGGGAAUAUUUGAUUUCUGGGACAACAACGAUAAUGACUGUGAUGCUAUUUCUUUCAGGUCAUCACGUGAUAUAAACCUAAUAGGUGUAUCGUUAUACCGUCCUUUCCCAGAUGGGAUUAUUCGCGGUAGUGUUAAGAUAUAUGACGAAAGUAACUGGUGCAUGGCAAAACUAGAGAACCUAGAAAUAGUCUGUAGGGAUGGCGAUGAAACAACAAUCGAUAUAAAAUUCAAAGGUAGUGAAAAAAUACAACAAAACAGGUGGUAUACUGUUACACAACAAAUGCAAGGAUCCAAAUCAUUCUAUGGAAAUAGCGGGCAAAAACAGGUUCAAGGAAAAGGCGUAGUAAUAUCGUUUAGACGUAGUCCGAUGGACAAAAACAAGACAGAUGUUGAUUCUGGUCAAAUACCGGCUCUUCUUUAUUCGUAAGGAACUCUUAAAAAGGCAUGAUAUGUUAAUAUAUGUAUUCCUUUUAAUAAACUUAUGAAUCUUUGAAUACAGAUAUUUCAACCUUUAGUUGUUAUAUUUGGACGAUUUGUUACAUAAACAUAUGCGUUGGUCUGUAAUAAUCUAAGCAACUAUACAAUUUGAUCUGUAAUGGAUUUUUGUCAGCAAAUAAGUGUAUUGUUGUCAAUACAAGAAAAAUACCAUAUAUGGAAACAAACACAGAAAAUUAAUUCAUGAAUGAUAUGGAUGUAAGCAAAGAUUCUAUCUAUAACAAUAACGAUCACCUGUCUAAUAUUUUGUCCUAACCCGAUAAGCAAGUAUGCCUAUAGAAUGGGUUCAUAAGACUAUGCUCAAACGCGACGUAUCCCAAUAGAUAUUGUUUUCAGGAUAAUACCUCUCGUCUUACAACUGCAUCUUGUCAUUAUCAUCAUGUUUGCUAAGUUUUAAAUUGAUAACUUUUAUAGAUUAAGAUAAGCAUUUUCGACACGAAGUUAAAAAAAGGGUAUAACUCUAAAGAAUAGCUUAAUGCACAAUUCGUUUGCCUUAGAACUGCGCAUUGUCAUGACAGUUUCACGUGAAUGUCCUUGAUAGUUUUGAAACCAUUUUAAUUCACAAAUAGUUAUAUACAAAGGGACAUGACUCCGAAAAGUAGCUUUCAGAAUACCUUUUCUUGUUGAUUUUUGUUAAAAAAAUGUUUGGGUUGUUAUAAUUGUGUCAUGUUGAUUCCUUUAGUUAAAAUCAUUUCUGCAAUUUUGACAGAAAUGGUCAUACCUUUAAUACAACUGGUAUUAAGCAUAUUGCCCGUUGUGCUAAGACUGCACCUUGUCAUGAUAAGCAUGUAUUCAAAGUUUUGUACUGAUACUUUAUUAGGUGCUGGAGUAAUGUGUUGCUCUAAAGGUUUUGCACAAAGACGACACCUACGACGACGACGCAGCCAUCAACUUUUUUCCAGAUCCAACAAGUAAAAAUCAAGCAACUAAAAGUAGAGGGCCUAGUAAGGCUGCACGUACACGCAGUGCGGGUCUGGCUCUUCAUUAGUGUCAAUUGCUAAUAAUUUCAGAUUCAUCAGAUAAUGGUUUAAUCUGCAUCCAUUCAUACUUCGACG